AUGACGCGUGCAGCCUUGGGCGCAUCUCCCGGGGUUCCCAGCCGCAGCUGCAGCCAGGCCCGCUGCCCUCCCUUGGCUGGCUUUGCCGCGCUCUUUGACCUCGGAGUUUGUCUCUGCCUGCCGCGACCCGCAACUGCGCAACGACCCGGCGGGGCUGGGGGCAGCAGCAGGUCUGCAACAAAAGCAAAGGCAGUCGUCGAACUCUCGCCGCGCGUUUGCGGCUGGAAGCUCCUCCCGCGCAGGGAUCGAGGAGUUCUGCAGACCCCUCGUGCCCCGACCGGAGAAGAAGGAAGGUCCUCUCGUGGAGCAAGUCAUCAACAGAAAGAGCUUCCUCAAAUGCAGCCCCAGGUGGUGGCUGAGCUGGCGAAGGAGGCUGGAGUCCGCUGUCCCGAGGGUCCUUGGCCUCUGCCCCAACAGGUGUUGCCAAAAGCGAGCUACACUCGAGUGGCACCAGGGCAGGCUGAGGAUGUCACCUUCCUCUAUCACCCAUGUGCCCACCCCUGGCUGAAACUCCAGCUUGCUCUCCUGGCCCAUGUCUGUGUUGCUAAGCCCUCACUCAUUCCUGACUACACCCUCAAUCGGGACAGGCCCCUGGUGCUGAGACAGUGGGGGAUGGCACUGGAGAUGGCAUGGGUAGAACCAGCUUGGGUUGCCUACUGGUUAAAGAGGCGGCAGCGGAGAAAGCAGAGGAAGAAAAUAUGGUUCCACUCCAACAGCCCUGCUCAGCCCUCUCCGUCAGUGCCAACUCGCAGCAGAGGGAGGCUAUACCCAAGAGGGUGUAUGCAGGCUCCAGUUCUGGCCUUUGCUGUACGCAGCUGGCGGCCUCCUGGCACAGAGAUGCCCUCACGAGAGCCCAGGCAGCACUCUUCCAGUGGUGCCAGGAGACGGGGUCUGCGAGCUGCCUUGGGUCUCCAGUUCACUUCUGCAGGCCCCAUGGUUCCUUUCGCUUCCCCAUGGAGUUUAAAGAUCCAGCAGCCCAUUUUGAGAACCCAGAGUGAGGGGGCCAAUGCCCCAUCUGUGCCUUCGGGUCCUUUGUCACCUGGGGGACCUGUUGGCAAUGCAAGCAUCAGGUUAGAGGGUCAGAUACCCAAAGCCCAGGGCAGCCCAGGGGGGUGUGCCUGCCCAAGUCAGGCUCCUCCUGCCCCUCGGGCAGCAGCGCCUCCUGGGGCAGCCCGGGGCCCCACCCCACGCACUGAGGAGGCCGCCUGGGCGGCCAUGGCCCUGACUUUCCUGCUGGUACUGCUUACGUUGGCCACGCUCUGCACGAGGCUGCAUCGCAACUUCCGCAGAGGAGACAGCAUCUACUGGGAGCCCACGGCGGAUAGCCAGGACACCGUAGCCGCUGUGCUGAAGCGCAGGCUGCUGAUGCCUGCACGCAGAGUCAAGCGCUCCCGCCGGAGACCUCUGCUCCCCCCUACACCGGACAGCGGCCCGGAUGUGGAGAGCUCAGACUGACCUGCCUUAGCCCUGCCGCUGGCCGGCGGGCUCCUCCUCUGCUGUUGUCAGGACCUCUGCCACGUGGCCCGAGCACAGGGGCUCCCCCUGGCGGCACACGUGGCAGCCCUGCUACCUACUGCAGAAACUGCCUCCUGGACACACGGUUUGCGGGAAAUAGAGAAAAAGGAGGCCUUCACGAUCCCCUCGCCCAAACUUGUUUCUAAUUAAAUUAUUUUAGUAGA